UGCUGCUGCUGCCCAGCCGGCCAGGAGCAAUCGCGGGAGACAUUGCACCAGCCGCCUUCCUCCUGUCUGUCUUCUCUGUUGUGUUGAGGCUGCGAUGGAGCAAGGGCAGCCAGAGGGGAGCGGGGCCGGGUUCCUGGCGCCCUUCCGCCACUUCGCCACGCAGGCGGUGCACGCGGGGCAGGAGCCCGAGCAGUGGAGGUCCCUGGCCGUCGUGCCCCCCAUCUCCCUCUCCACCACCUUCAAGCAGGCGGCGCCCGGCAAGCACAGCGGCUUUGAAUAUAGCCGUUGUGGAAAUCCGACACGUGAUUGUUUGGAAAAGGCUGUGGCAGCCCUGGAUGGUGCCAAGUAUUGUUUAGCAUAUGCUUCUGGGUUAGCAGCUACCCUGAACAUUGCACAUCUGUUAAAGGCAGGAGAUACUGUUAUUUGUACAGAUGAUGUCUAUGGAGGUACCAAUAGAUAUUUCAGAAAUAUAGCAACACAGAUGGGCCUGAAAGCUGUAUUUGUUGACUGUACUAAACUGGAAUGCCUCGAGGCUGCAAUGACACCUCAGACGAAGCUUGUCUGGAUUGAAACUCCCACAAAUCCAAUGAUGAAAGUUAUUGAUAUUGAAGCAUGUGCCAAGAUUGUCCAUAAACACAAAGGAGCUAUUUUAGCAGUAGAUAACACCUUUAUGUCUGCAUAUUUCCAGCGACCUUUAGCUUUAGGAGCUGACAUCUGUAUGUAUUCAGCUACUAAAUACAUGAAUGGCCACAGUGAUGUUGUAAUGGGACUGGUCUCAUUAAAUGAUGAUGCUGUCCAUGAAAAACUCAGAUUCUUGCAAUAUGCCAUUGGAGCAGUUCCAUCUCCUUUUGACUGCUACCUUUGCAACCGGGGUUUAAAGACGUUGCCAAUCCGCAUGAAACAACAUUUCCAAAAUGCACUGGCUGUUGCCCGGUUUCUUGAGUCAGAUCCUAGAGUUGAAAAAGUCCUUUUCCCUGGUUUGCCAUCACAUCCACAGUAUGAGGUAGUAAAACGUCAGUGUACGGGCUGCCCAGGGAUGAUUUCCUUUUACAUUAAAGGAAAUCUUGAAAACGCCUCCACAUUUCUCAAAAGCAUAAAGCUUUUUGCCCUGGCUGAAAGUCUGGGAGGCUAUGAAAGUCUAGCAGAGCAUCCUGCCAUCAUGACUCAUGCUUCAGUUCCCAAGGCAGAUAGAGAAGCCCUCGGAAUCACUGAUACGUUAAUUCGCAUGUCUAUUGGUUUAGAAGACCCAGAAGACUUACUAGAGGAUCUGGCCCAAGCUCUGAAGGCAGCUGUUCCUGAUUACAAAAUCCGUAACUAAGAGAUUUAGGACUCGGAUGGCAACUGAUAUCAGUGCAGGUGUAAUGUGAAGAAAACUAACUUGAUGUUGAGCUACACAUGAAAUUUCACUGGAUUUGAAUUUUUAAAAAUGAGAACUUACAUUUUGAAAGCAAACCAAGGGUACUUGCUGUCCUUAGCCCACUGACAGAGCAAGUGCCUUCGGAUGUUCCUAUUUUUUAAAAAAACACUAAAAUUAAGACACCUUAAUUUUAAUUUUAUUUACAGCAUCAGAUUUUGGAUUAUUAUGAUUCAUGCUCAGGGAUAUUGUGUCUCAUUAAAUGAUACAUAAAUUAGUUCAUUUUAGGCUGGUGUACCAUAAUGGCUGAAUUACAAGUGAGGCAGUCCACCAGGUGACACUACUCUUCUUAGCCUCAGUUCUCUCAUUUACAAUAUAGAAUACAAUGGCAAUGGAUUACAAGUAGAUUGUGCAUCUGGAGCAGGUUGAAAUCUUAGAAAGGGCAGUACAAUACCAGAUACAUUUAGACAAAUACUACUAUUAUGUCAGUCCCUCUACCUUUUUUGUGAUGCUGAAUUAAAACAAAAGAGAGUUCAUAUCUGGUUCAGAAAAAGACAGCUUCAAAUGAAAAAUGUGGCUUUAAGUUGCUCCCUGGGACCAAAUGUUAUUUCUCUCUUCUAUGUAAUACUGAAGAAUGAAGCAAAGUCAGUUGCAUGGCAUGGCACCAUGUCAGUUGCAUAAUUUUUUUUAAAAAGCUCUUGAAUUUGCUUUAUUUUUUGUUUUGAAUAUAAAAUUUCUCCUGGUUACAUUUCUGGUCUUUGAAUAGGACAGUUCUUUUUCUGAAGUACAAUUUUUUUGUUCCAUUACCUGUGACUGAUAUGUGAGAACUGUUUUCAUAAGUAACACAAAUGUUCUGUCAAUUUACACUUCUCAUAAAUUAUAUAAAGUUGAUUGAUUUUCAUUUUCUCUAAAAAGAAUUAUUUUGAAGAAACAAAUAGGUGACACUUCAGUGAAAGCUCGAGAUGACAUAGGCCAAAUAUUUUAUAAUUCAAGAAGAAAAAAUGCAGCUCACUCCUAAUCAAAGGUUGCAUGGGACUCCCAUACAAGACAGGACCAUAAUUCACUCCUGAAUCUGGACUACUACUCUAUAGAAGACUAGGGAAUAGACUGAACAGCUCCUGACACUGAAGGGAAAUUUGUGUUCAUGUAAGGGUGCCAUGUGGAGGAACCCACAGUCAAGAUACCACUGGAUUGUAGCUAAUACUGCUCUUUCACCUAUACUGUAAUUUAAAAAAUCUUUUGUCUGUCAUGCUGUACAAAUGCACAUGCUUGGUCACAUAAGUGACCAGAAUCACACAAUAUGUUCUCUAAUAAAGGCCAUAAUAAAG